AUGGAGAGUGGUGAUAUAUUUAGAGUAAGUAGUGCACGUGUUAGUAGUUCCAACAUAUGGAGGAACAGUGGCAGAGACAUUUUCUCAAAGUCUUCUCGGGAAGAAGACGAUGAAGAAGCACUGAAAUGGGCCGCUCUUGAGAAAUUACCCACUUAUCUUCGAAUCAGGAGGGGGAUACUAACUGAAGAAGAAGGCCAAUCAAGAGAGAUUGACAUAGAGGAACUUGGGCUCGUGGAGAAAAAGAACUUGCUAGAGAGGCUUGUGAAAAUUGCAGACGAAGAUAAUGAGAAGUUCUUGUUGAAGCUCAAGGAACGCAUUGAUCGUGUUGGACUUGAUCUCCCCACUAUUGAAGUCCGGUUUGAGCAUUUAAGUGUGGAUGCAGAAGCUUAUGUUGGUGGUAGAGCACUGCCUACUAUAUUCAACUUCUCUGUUAAUAUGCUUGAGGGGUUCUUAAAUUAUAUUCAUUUUCUUCCAAGUCGAAAGAAACCAUUAUCAAUACUUCAUGAUGUGAGUGGAAUCAUCAAGCCAGGCAGAAUGGCAUUGCUUUUAGGCCCUCCAAGCUCCGGAAAGACCACAUUGCUGUUGGCGUUGGCUGGAAAACUAGGUUCCGAUUUAAAAGUUUCAGGGAGAGUAACAUACAAUGGUCAUGGAAUGCAUGAGUUUGUUCCACAAAGGACAUCUGCUUAUAUAAGUCAAUAUGAUCUUCACAUGGGAGAACUGACAGUGAGAGAGACAUUAGCUUUUUCAGCAAGAUGUCAAGGAAUUGGAGACCGUUAUGAAACGUUAGUUGAAUUGUCAAGACGAGAGAAAGAAGCAAAGAUUAAACCAGAUGCUGAUGUUGAUAUUUAUAUGAAGGCAGCCUCACUUGAAGGGCAAGAGGCCAGUGUUGUUACAGAAUAUAUUCUCAAGAUUUUGGGACUUGACGUUUGUGCUGAUAUACUGGUGGGGGAUGAAAUGCUAAGAGGUAUUUCUGGAGGGCAACGAAAGCGACUCACAACAGGGGAGAUGAUGGUUGGACCAGCAAGAGCACUUUUCAUGGAUGAGAUAUCGACUGGUUUGGACAGUUCAACGACUUUCCAGAUUGUGAAUUCAAUCAGGCAAUCAAUCCACAUACUUCAAGGAACAGCUGUAAUUUCGCUCCUUCAGCCUGCACCAGAAACCUAUGACUUGUUUGAUGACAUCAUUCUUCUCUCGGAUGGGCAAAUUGUAUAUCAAGGUCCCCGUGAAAAAGUGCUAGAGUUCUUUGGGUGCAUUGGCUUCAGAUGUCCUGAGAGGAAAGGAGUUGCAGACUUCUUACAAGAAGUGACAUCAAGGAAAGAUCAAGAGCAGUAUUGGGCACGUAGAGAUGAGCAGUAUAAUUUUGUUACUGCCAGUGAAUUUGCAGAAGCAUUUCAGUCAUUUCAUGUGGGCCGGAAACUAGGUGAUGAGCUUGCUGUGCCAUUCAACAAAGCCAAGAGCCACCCUGCUGCUUUAACCACUAAAAAGUAUGGUGUUAACAAGAAGGAAUUGUUGAAAGCUUGCAUAUCUAGAGAAUACUUGCUUAUGAAGAGGAACUCGUUUUUCUAUGUAUUCAAGAUGACUCAACUUAUUCUUAUGGCUUUCAUGACACUGACAGUAUUUCUACGAACUGAGAUGCCCAAGAAUACAAAAACAGAUGGUGGUAUUUUCAUGGGUGCUCUGUUUUUUGUGGUGAUUAUGAUAAUGUUUAAUGGAUACUCAGAGCUUGCCUUGAGCAUUAUCAAACUUCCUGUAUUUUACAAGCACAGGGACAUUCUAUUCUUUCCUCCAUGGGCUUAUUCUUUGCCCACAUGGAUCCUCAAGAUCCCAGUCACACUUGUGGAAGUUGCCAUUUGGAUUUGCAUGACUUACUAUGUCAUAGGAUUCGAUCCAGACGUUGAAAGGUUUUUCAAGCAAUUCUUUCUACUCAUAUGCAUUAAUCAAAUGGCUUCUGCACUAUUCCGUUUUAUUGGGGCGUUGGGAAGGAACAUCAUAGUUGCAAACACAUUUGGCUCAUUUGCAUUACUUACAGUUCUUGUGAUGGGUGGAUUCGUCUUGUCACGAGAUUCCAUAAAGAAAUGGUGGAUAUGGGGUUAUUGGUUCUCACCAAUGAUGUAUGCGCAAAAUGCAAUUGCUGUGAAUGAGUUCCUUGGGAAAAGCUGGAGACAUGUUCCUCCUAAUUCCACAGAACCAUUAGGAGUAACUGUCCUGAAGUCUCGUGCAAUUUUUCCUGAAGCACGGUGGUAUUGGAUUGGAGUAGGAGCUCUGAUUGGAUAUGUUUUUCUAUUCAAUUUCCUAUUCCUUUUGGCUCUAACUUAUCUCAAUCCAUUUGGGAAGCCUCAGGCAAUUUUAUCAGAAGAAACUUUGGCUGAGAGAAAUGCCAGCAAAACUGGAGAACUUGUUGGAUUAUCAUCAAGAGGGAAGAGAUCUUUGGAAAGGGAAAGUGAAGUUCGAAGAAGUAUAUCAUCCAGAUCAAUGUCAUCAAGAGUGGGAACUAUUAGUGAAAAUGAACCAAAAAGGAAGCAAGGAAUGGUUUUACCUUUCGAACCUCUAUCUAUAACGUUUGAUGAUAUCAGAUAUGCAGUAGAUAUGCCACAGGAAAUGAAGGCUCAGGGUAUUCCUGAAGACCGGUUAGAACUUCUGAAAGGUGUGAGUGGUGCUUUUAGGCCAGGAAUUCUUACAGCUCUAAUGGGUGUUAGUGGGGCUGGUAAGACUACUUUGAUGGAUGUCUUGGCUGGCAGAAAAACGGGUGGAUAUAUCGAAGGAAGGAUCACAAUAUCAGGGUACCCAAAGAAGCAAGAAACGUUUGCUCGCAUAGCAGGAUAUUGUGAGCAAACUGAUAUUCACUCUCCUCAUGUUACAGUUUAUGAGUCCUUGCUAUAUUCUGCAUGGCUUCGGUUGUCUCCUGAGGUCAAUACAGCAACCAGAAAGAUGUUCAUUGAGGAGGUCAUGGAGCUUGUGGAGCUGGCCCCAUUGAGGGAAGCACUUGUUGGAUUGCCUGGUGUUAAUGGUCUUUCAACUGAGCAGCGCAAGAGGCUUACAGUUGCAGUUGAGCUAGUGGCCAACCCAUCCAUAAUAUUCAUGGAUGAACCUACCUCAGGCCUUGAUGCUAGGGCAGCAGCAAUUGUGAUGAGAACAGUGAGGAACACAGUGGAUACAGGACGAACAGUAGUGUGCACCAUCCAUCAGCCCAGCAUUGAUAUCUUUGAUGCUUUUGAUGAGCUAUUUCUUUUAAAACGAGGAGGUGAAGAAAUAUAUGUUGGUCCAUUGGGUCGCCAUUCUUCCUAUCUUAUCAAUUACUUUGAGGGAAUCAGUGGAGUGAAUAAAAUAAAAGAUGGUUAUAAUCCGGCAACUUGGAUGUUGGAAGUGACUUCAGCAGCACAAGAAGCAGCUCUAGAAGUUAACUUUGCCGAAGUGUACAAGAACUCAGAACUCUAUAGGAGAAACAAAGCUUUGAUUAAGGAAUUUGGUACACCUGCACCAGGUUCAAAAGAUUUGUAUUUCCCUACCCAAUAUUCUCAGUCUUUCUUCACCCAAUGUAUGGCUUGCCUGUGGAAACAGCACUGGUCGUACUGGCGAAACCCUUCAUACACUGCCGUCAGACUUUUGUUCACUACUUUCACUGCUUUAAUGUUUGGGACAAUAUUCUGGAAUAUUGGCUCCAAAAGGAAAACGCAACAAGAUCUCUUUAACGCAAUGGGUUCUAUGUAUGCCGCUAUUCUUUUUGUUGGAGUACAAAACGCUACAACAGUGCAACCAGUUGUUGCUAUCGAGAGAACAGUCUUUUACAGGGAAAGAGCUGCUGGGAUGUAUUCAGCUUUGCCAUAUGCUUUUGGGCAGGUCAUGAUUGAGCUCCCAUACAUUUUUGUUCAAACAUUCAUCUAUGGGGUAAUUGUAUAUGCCAUGAUUGGAUUUGACUGGACAGUUGCCAAGUUCUUUUGGUACCUAUUCUUCAUGUACUUCACCUUCUUAUACUUCACAUUCUACGGGAUGAUGACCGUGGCAGUCACUCCUAACCACAAUAUUGCUGCAAUAGUUUCGAUGGGCUUCUAUUCAAUUUGGAACCUUUUCUCGGGAUUUAUUAUACCAAAGACAAGAAUUCCAGUGUGGUGGAGAUGGUACUAUUACAUUUGCCCUGUCUCUUGGACUUUGUAUGGAUUAGUUGCUUCACAGUUUGGAGACUAUAAGGAUGAGCUUGACACUGGUGAAACUGUAGAGCAUUUUGUAAGGAGUUAUUUUGGGUUCAAACAUGACUUCUUAGGAUAUGUUGCCAUCAUCAUGGUGGGAAUAGGUGUGCUUUUUGGAUUCAUCUUUGCCUACUCAAUCAAGGCAUUUAAUUUCCAAAAAAGAUAAGAAACUGAUAAAAAAAUAUUUCCUCCAUUCAUAAAAAUAUUGUAAUUGUU